AUGCACCCAAAAAACAGAAAUGAUCGCGAUCAGACUACCAGACUCACCAGAAGAAGUCAUAUUCUCUACGAAUUACCAUUCUCAUCCUACAAAUCUUCCACCGAACACUUGCCAACACCUCAAUCAAAGAGCACCAAGAGUUGCCCUUCUGUACGGCUUAGCAUCCUCAUCUUACAAAUCCUCUACCGCACACUUGCCAACACCUCAACCAAAGAGCACCAAGAGUUCAUUUUCUGUACGACUUACCAUCCUCAUCCUUCGAAUCUUCCACCAAACACUUCCCAACCUUUCAACUUCAACCAAAGAGCAUCAAGACUUCUCCAAUCUAUCUAUCUUCGAAAGAUAACCAUUAUGUCUGCCGGCUCGUCUCCUCAACUUGCAGAGUCUUCUCAACUUGCAGAACUAUCAAGCACUCACUCUUUACCCUGUCCAGAUCCAGAUUGUCAGCUUCAUUUUUCGAACGCCGGUGACCUCUAUGGAAAUUACGAUGGCUUUCAUCCUCUCUUUAUAUUCUUGCCCGGCCGAGCCAAACAAUAUAAAUGUUCAUUUUGCCCAAAGACGUAUGUAUCCGAACGGCACAUGAGAGGUCACACAAACACACACAGACCAAAGUGCCCUGGUUCUGCAGAGUCCCGGGACCAACUAGCCCUGAUCCUACAGUCUCAUGUUGCAAUGGCAGACAAACAGCGUUCUCAAGCUCAAACGACAACUAAGAAUACCACACACUACAAUCCAGAGCAUGAAGACCAGGGCAACGAGGAACAAGCAUCUUAUACUACCACCCAGCAAGACCCGGGCUCUCUCAGCUCUGCGCAACCCAACUCCACACCUGCAAUGGCAGAUAAACAGCAUUCUCAAGCUCAAACGACAACUGAGAAUACCCUACACCACAAUCCAGAGCAUGAAGACAAGGGCAGCAAGGAACAAGCAUCUUACACUACCACCACCCAGCAAGACCCUGACUCUGUCAACUCUACGCAACCCAACUCCACAACACGAAAACUCUCCGCCGCGCAAAAAAAAAGUAGGGGCUCUCAACUUCUUGCUCCUGUGGCCGAAAAAGCUCAGAGAUCUCGAAAUCUUACCACCCAUAAAGUCAUAUUUGACGAAAUGGCGGUUACGGAAGAGGGAGACCUCAUUGAUAUUGGACUGACUCAAUCAACGCAGCCCGCACAGGCUGUCCGCAAGAUGUAUUGGGGUAAUCAUGCUACAUCACACUGCUCUUCAGCGGCUCUUGGAAGACCGUGGGCGCUUUGA